UUAUACCUCUGCAGAGACCGCUGCCCCGCCUUGUGCCUGCUUAGCGAUGUUCAGUGCUGCUAUUUUCUUCCUGGUGUUCCUGGCUGUGGCCCUGUUCGGCCGGUGGCAUGCCAGGCUUCUCCAUCCAAAGACGUGUGGGGAUCUGCCUGGCCCUUGGGCCCUGCCCCUCAUUGGAAAUCUCUCCGUCCUGUUCCACCCCAACCUUCCCAUCCACUUCCUCAAGUUAACUGAACUGUAUGGACCCAUCUACCGCCUUCGCUUUGGCAGGAAAGAUGUGGUCGUGCUGAACAGUUCAGAUUUAAUCCGGGAGGCGCUGAUGAGGAAAUGGACCGACUUUGCAGGGCGUCCUUACAGCUUUGUUGCAAAUCUUAUUUCAUUUGGAGGCAGGGACCUGUCCUUGGGUGACUACACACCGGCCUGGCGGUUACAAAGGAAACUGACUCACAUGGCUUUUCAGCGCUGUUUGCGGGGAGACACAGAGCAGAUUGUUAGCAGCCAAGCUCAGCUUCUCUGCCAGGUUUUCCGUGGAUAUGGGGGACAACCCGUGGAUGUGGCCCAUGAUUUUUCCUUGCACACCUGCCGGGUCAUCUCUACUAUGAUGUUUGGGCCUUUGGAUGAAUCUGCCGUUAAAGAAAUUCAUGACUAUAUCUUUGAGUUGGUAGAAAAAUGGGGUGCAGUUUCCGUACAGAUCCUGGAUUUUCUGCCCAUCCUUAGGGUCUUCCCCAACACCACUUUUCGGAAGUUUCUUUCCUGCGUUGCGAAGCGCGAUGCCUUCAUCCGGGAUGUCAUGAAGAAACACGAGGAAUCCCAGCAUCCCAGGGAACAUGGGUACAUGGUGGAUCACAUGCUGCAUUUCCUAUCGAAACACUCUGCCGACAAGCAGAAAGAUCCAGGCCUCUUGCCAGAGCACAUCCACAUGGCCAUCGUCGACAUGUUUAUUGGAGGCACAGAGACCACUGCUGCUUUGCUUAACUGGGCCGUGGCGUUCCUCUUACACCGUCCUGAGAUUCAGGAACAAAUCCACCAUGAGAUAAAGACUGCCAUAGGUCUCGAUCGUGACCCUACCUACAGUGACCGGGAGCAUUUGCCCUACCUCAACGCCACCGUUGCAGAGUCCCUGCGCCUGCGUCCUUCAGCACCUCUCGCUCUGCCUCACGCGGCCACUCGAGAUACCAGCCUUUCUGGUUUCCACAUCCCAAAGGGCACGACCAUCAUCCCCAAUCUCUAUGGAGCCCACCAUGACGAAAGCAAAUGGGAUCGCCCUCUGGAGUUCAGACCAGAGAGAUUCCUGGAGAGCAAUACCUUUUCUCACGAGGCCCAGCGGCAUCUGGUACCCUUCAGCUGUGGGGCGCGGGGCUGCCUGGGCGAAGCCUUGGCUCGAAUGGAGGCAUUCCUCUUCCUCGCACACAUCUUGCGGGAUUUCCAAAUGUUGCCCCCAUGGAGCGGGUGCCUCCCUGACCUCAAGGGACGGCCUGGAACUGUUGUGCACUGCGAGCCAUUCAGGGUUCGGCUGGUACCCAGAGGGGAAGACUCUGCAGUGUGA